CGGCUCCUGCUAUACGGAGUCUGUGGCAGAUCACACGCACGGACGCGGCAUUGUGGGAAACGCUGAGCAGGCUGUUAUCGGUGGCAGUGGUCGGCGCGAAACCCGUGCUGCUGAGUUCCUCUGUAAAGACAUACUUGUGAAGAGCCAGGAAGAGAGAGGCUGUUUCCACACUCCAGGCAUUCAUGGCUCUGUGUAACGGAGAAUCCAAGCUGGACAUCAGUGGAGAGACCAAAGUCAGCUCUUGUCGUUACGAUGGUGCGGUGGUCAUCCUAGAUGCUGGGGCGCAGUAUGGAAAGGUGAUUGAUCGACGUGUGCGUGAGCUUUUCGUGCAGUCAGAGAUCCUGCCUCUGGAGACGCCGGCAUUCGCCAUUGAAGAGCAGGGCUUUCGGGCUAUUAUUAUAUCAGGCGGUCCAAACUCUGUUUACGCAGAGGAUGCUCCAUGGUUUGAUUCAGCUAUAUUCAAGAUUGGCAAGCCUGUCUUGGGUAUCUGCUAUGGUAUGCAGAUGAUGAAUAAAGUUUUUGGAGGCACAGUGCACAGAAAGAGUGUCAGGGAGGAUGGUGCCUUUCACAUUGUCGUUGACAAUUCCUGCUCUCUCUUUAGGGGUCUUCAAAAGGAGGAGAUGGUUCUGCUUACCCACGGAGACAGUGUGGACAAAGUAGCUGAUGGCUUUAAAGUUGUGGCCACAUCUGGGAACAUUGUUGCAGGCAUUGCCAAUGAACAGAAGAAACUGUAUGGGACACAGUUUCACCCUGAAGUGGACUUGACAGAAAAUGGGAUGGACAUGCUGAAAAACUUCCUGUUUGAGAUAGCUGGGUGCAGCGGCAAUUUCACAGUUCAGGACCGCCAGUUGAGUUGUAUUCAGGAGAUCCAAGAGAAGGUCGGGAAGUCCAAAGUCCUGGUGCUUGUGAGUGGAGGGGUUGACUCUACAGUGUGCACAGCCCUCCUGAACAAGGCAUUGAAACCGGACCAAGUGAUCGCUGUGCACAUUGACAAUGGAUUUAUGAGGAAACGGGAAAGUCAGAGUGUGGAGGAGGCUCUGACAAAGCUUGGUAUCAAUUUAAAAGUGGUGAACGCUGCACAUACCUUCUAUAACGGCACAACAACCCUGCCAAUCUCUGAUGAAGACCGCACACCCAGGAAACGCAUCAGUAAAACACUCAACAUGACCACAAAUCCCGAGGAGAAGAGGAAGAUCAUCGGAGACACAUUUGUCAAGGUAGCCAAUGAGGUGAUUGGGGAGAUGAACCUGAAGCCAGAGGACGUGUUUCUUGCACAGGGCACGUUGAGGCCUGACUUGAUUGAGAGCGCCUCAAUCAUCGCCAGCGGCAAGGCUGAGGUCAUCAAAACGCACCAUAAUGACACAGAGCUCAUCCGCAAGCUCCGGGAUGAGGGUAAAGUAAUAGAACCAUUGAAGGACUUCCACAAAGAUGAGGUGCGAGCCCUUGGCAGAGAACUUGGACUCCCAGAGGAGAUAGUCUGUCGACAUCCUUUCCCUGGUCCUGGCUUGGCCAUCCGAGUUAUAUGUGCAGAUGAGCCUUGCGUCUGCAAAGACUUUACCGAGACCAACAACAUCCUUAAAAUCAUCACAGACUUCUCUGCCAGUGUCAAAAAGCCUCACACACUCCUCCAGAGGGUCAAGUCGUGCAUAUCAGAUGAAGAGGAGGAAAAGAUGAUGCAGAUCACCAGCCUUCAUUCACUCAAUGCCUUCCUUUUGCCCAUCAAGACAGUGGGCGUCCAGGGUGACUCACGAUCAUAUAACUAUGUGUGUGGAAUAUGCAGUAAAGAUCCCCCCCACUGGGAGUCCCUGAUGUUCCUAUCCAGGCUCAUCCCACGCAUCUGUCACACCAUCAACAGAGUGGUGUAUGUGUUUGGGACACCAGUGAAGGAGCCACCCACCGACAUCACCCCCACCUUCCUGACCACAGUCGUACUGAGCACGCUCAGACAGGCCGAUUAUGUGGCCCACUCUAUCCUGAGGGAGUCUGGUUACUCCCGUAAAAUAAGCCAGAUGCCUGUGAUUCUGACACCGCUGCACUUUGACCGGGACCCCCAGCAGAAGCAGCCCUCGUGCCAGCGCUCUGUGGUCAUCAGGACCUUCAUCACCAGCGACUUCAUGACCGGCAUCCCGGCCACGCCCGACAACCAAAUCCCUGAAGAGGUUGUUAUGAAGAUGGUGAAUGAGAUCAAGAAGAUCCCCGGCAUCUCAAGGGUAAUGUUUGACCUGACCUCCAAGCCCCCAGGAACCACCGAGUGGGAGUAGAUCAGAGGUCCAUCUGUACCCACCCCCACCCCCGCCCUCCCUGACAGUGAUCCGCAGCGAUCGGAACAUUCCCUACGACGGCAGGCUGUACUGUGAUUAGCGCACACCAGGAGCCGCUACCUUUAUGCACCUCCUCCUUUUUGGGGUGUGGGGGGUGGUUGAAAUGUUGAAUAAAAAAAAAAAGGUUUGUUGUUAUUAUUGCUAUUAUUGUUAUUGUCGACAAUGACGAUAACUUUCUAUUUUUAUUAAGUUCUCCCUAUGUAACAAAGCAUUGUCCUUUUUAGCUUCUGAUUUCUGAAAGUGGUGUAGGUGUAUAUUGAUAGAUGGGAGAACUGAGAUGCAGGAAGGUUGAUUGCCUCCUAUGUUGUCUAGCGCCUCCUACUGGUGCAUCAGAUAAAGCAGCCCCAGAAUGUCACAGGGUCGUUUCAGCGUUAUAUACCCAUGGAGCUUAGCAGCAUCAGGGGCCAAACAAAAGCCUCAUUUGUUUUUUUUAAAGUUGUGGCCAAACAACAGUGAGAUGACUGUCAGGUCAUUCAGAGGAUCUUCACGCUCUGGCCAUCACUUCUCAUGGCUCUGUGUGCCUGGCCUGACCUGGCCUUUUUACCCAUAACACCCCUCAGACAGUAGAGGCCCGGCAUGGUGACGUGACCAAUCAACUUUUUUUUCGUUAUUUUUCUUAAAUAAAAAAAGAAGACCCAUCGGUCUGUAAAAAGCUUCAGUUAACUGUUUUGCCAAAUUCUAUUGACAAUGUCGUAUCUCGGGCAGAGGAAGCUCGUCCUCAGAGAGCGACUCUGAUCCUGUGAACAACAGGUGUGUGUGUGUGUGUGUGUGUGAGUGAAGGAAACCCCCCAUUCCGAGGGUCAUCCUAGAAUUUGUGCCUCUUUCCUCUUUUUCUCUUCUUUUUUUUUUCUUCCUUUCUUUCUUUCCCUUAUUCAUUUGGGGACUAAAGCCAUCCCCAGUGGAGUUAGUGACUAACAUUUUCAUGCUGCAUUUUUUUUUAAAGUUGAAAAAGAAAGCUGUGUAGAUAUUGAGUAGGGGAGAAUAGCGACAGACUCAUUGGUGUGUACUCAUUAAAACAUAAUCAUGGCCAACGGUUUCACCGCCUUGGCAACAUUUUGCACAUUUUAAUGGCAUCAUCUGUGUACCCAUAAGCCUUUGUGCUUUUUUGCAUCUAGAGAAAUAGCGUGUCCAAUUACUCAAUAACUCACGUGGCGGAGACUGAAGGAGAGAGUGUUUGCUGUCUCCUCUGUGCAGCAGGACUUUUUCCUUCAUCCUGAGGUCAGAACGGGUGAAUGAAAUAUUUCUAACUUAUGGCCAGCUUGGACACUUGAGGGGGACUGUGGGAACUUGUCUUUGUACCCCAGUGAAGAUGUUCCCACCAUGAUCCUAGUGCUGGCCUGCUCAAUGGACAAAUCACAGAUCCACAGACCCCCUCACCUGAAACUGCUGUAGAUAGAUGUUGCAGUAUUAGUGGUGAUAUGAAUAACAUGCUAGGUAUUUAUUGUCUGUAUGUUUUUUCAGUUUUUAUCUCGAACUUUUUCGGUCACAAUGGCAAAGAACCAUGCAAGAUCAGUUUUGUUCAUUGUCUUAAUUGCAAACAGUUGUUCUUAAUGUUACCUGGUGUCGCCUUUUUACAUGUAUAUUUUACAGAAAAUAUGUUUAAACAGAAACACAAAACUAAUAGACAAUUAAGUAGUUGGGUUGAACUGCAAUAUGGAAUAAUAUUCAGUUUAAUUUAUGCAAUUCCUGGUUUUGGAUUUAUUUUUUAAAGAACAAUGCUUUUUUCCCUUUAGUAUUGUGCCUCAAACCAAGCCACCGCAUGCAGUUUUGAAAAAACUGAAAUUUGUAUAAUGAAAACCAAGCUUUAAUAAAGAAGUUCAUGUUGAAA